CAUCGGCCUUACUCCGGCAGUCAGGCUCAGGCCCUGCACUAGUGAGCAUCAUUUCCUUCACGUCCCAUUCUUCUCAUCAUCUUCAGCCUUUUCCUCUCCAGUUUCCCUAGACUCUCACACUUGCGUGACAGGAAUCAACUCUUCAGGCUGUUGUGAUCUGUCGGCUGCACUUGACUCCUGAAGGAUGAAGAUUCACGUCCGCUCCACAGCCUUGCUGUGCCUCGCUGCUCUUGUGGUGGGCGUGUAUGGCCACGGGCGUCUGAUGGAUCCUCCGGCCAGAAACUCCAUGUGGAGGUUCGGAUACCCGAACCCCGUGAACUACAACGACAACGAACUCUAUUGUGGAGGCUACGUCGUUCAUUACAAUAAGAACGGAGGCAGGUGUGGUGUAUGUGGCGACAACUACCAGGAGAAGACACCCAGGUCGCAUGAGAAUCGUGGUAUCUUCGGUAAUGGUAUCAAUACCAAGAACUACGUGUCUGGCCAGGUAAUCAACAUAGAAGCUGAGUUGACUACAAACCACAAAGGACGUAUGGAGGUGCGGCUGUGUCCACACAAUGAUCCCUCUACCGCCAUCACCCAGGAAUGUUUCGACCAGUAUCCCUUGCCCCUGGAAGGCACUUCAGACUUCAGGUUCAUCAUUCCAGAAGACAGUCCCAAGGCUGGUGUGUUCACCUGGAAAGUUAAGCUUCCUGACGGCGUCACCUGCAGCGCCUGUGUUAUUCAAUGGACCUACUUUGCAGGAAAUACUUGGGGCUUUGACAACGCAACUGGUGAAGCGGCUCAGGGCAAGGGACCACAAGAAACCUUCAUCAACUGUGCUGAUGUGUACAUACACUCAAAUACCCCCAUUGGUGCACCAGCCAACAACAACGUGGUAGACAACCCCUGGGCGCUCUAUUUCAGAGGAAGCUUCCCAGGAAUGAACAGAGACGUGAAUGCUAAGCCUGAUAAAAAUGGUCUCACUCCUCUUGUUAUCAGGGCUCAGCUGUGUCUUCCACGUAAGAAAUACAAGAAUAUAGCUGGCUUUGAUACGUGGUGUAUGCAAACCUGCCUUCACUACCCACCCAAGUGCAAUUACGACUUUUGUUACUGCGUGUCUGAGUGUAAAGCAGUUGGAAGACUGGCCGAAAAAAAGGAUGCAGACGUGUUCUGCCACCAGAACUGUCUUGGUCAUCCAUCAUUUUGCCCUUCAGACAUGUGCGAGUGUCUCUAGAUCUACUCACCUCUACCCGCCCGCCAGCAAGUCUCCUCAGUGCUCACCCACACACAUAGCAUACAACGUUCAACGUUCUUAAAUUCAUGUU